CACAUCUCGUCCUUUCCACCCGUCUUCUCGGUAGGAACAGGACCUUACCAUCAUUCAGCCUCAGCCUUUCAAACGCAAACUGUUCAGCCACUGCGCGCAGUGCGCAACGAAGCGAACAUCGGUCUGAGCGCGGAUUAAAAUGUCAUUACUGGUCAAUAACUCGACUGGAAAUCUGAAGGCAGUGGUUUCGGAGAGGUAAGUCCGUCGACAUCCUGCACCGUGGCACCGGAACAUCUCCGGACAUCUCCCGGCUGUGUGUUUUUGACUCAUUUUAAGAGCGCAUGCGAUAGUUGAAAAGAGGGAUUCAUCGCGUGAUAGAGGAAAGAAGAUUUGGCGAACUCAUUGGAAAUCGCAUGACAUGGUAUCCGAAAACGCAUUAACGGUGCGUGUAAAUCUAAAGGUUUAACGUCGUUGAACUAUUGUGCGUUCUCUUGCGCCUGGAGCGUAGCAGCUAUCCGCGGGAAGUCGGUACGGUUAUCGGCGUAUAAACUGCACUACUGGGAUCUCCUGCCGAUGUUUUUGCCUCAGUGUAUCUUGGACAUGAAUAAGAAGGCAGUUUUGACUGCAGCAUGUGUCUUUUCGCUGGACUGCUCUCUAUUUGCCAAGGACCGCACAGGACAAGAGCAAGCUACAUCCCUGUAGAUUCACGCUAUUGAAAUUCAGCAAGAACUCUCCGCAGCUAUCCGAGACCACCACUAGCACGCUGAGCUAAAGUCCAGCAACAUUUGCAAAAUCCCCUUCGCUUCAUAUUGACAGUGGAAACAAAAUCACGUUUGGGCGGGAAUGCAAGACUAGAUGAACCCCGGAGGGGCAUAAAACGAAUCAACACUUUCCAACAUGUUUAGACGGGGCUGUGGGCUCGAGUUCCUACUGGUGCUCUGGGGGUUGGAGCUGUCCUGGUCCUGCCCACGCCACUGCAUCUGCUACUCAGCCCCCAGCACCGUCAGCUGCCAGGCCCACAAUUUCCUGUCCGUCCCCGAGGGUAUUCCACCACACAGCGAGCGCAUCUUCCUCCAGAACAACAAGAUCCACCGGCUACUGCGGGGCCACUUCAGCUCCACCACAGUCACGCUGUGGAUCUACUCCAACAACAUCACCUACAUCGAACCCUCCACCUUUCAAGGCUUCACACUACUGGAGGAACUGGACCUGGGAGACAACCGAUACCUGCGCAGCUUGUCCCCGGAGACCUUCCAUGGGCUCGGACGGCUCCACGCCCUGCACCUGUACCGCUGUGGCUUGAAUGAACUGCCUAACAACAUCUUCCAGGGCCUUCGCAAUCUGCAGUACUUGUAUCUGCAAGACAACCACUUGGAGUACCUGCAGGAUGACAUCUUUGUGGACCUACACAACCUGAGCCACCUGUUUCUUCAUGGCAACCGCUUGUGGAGCCUCCACCAGAACACCUUCCGGGGUCUGCGUGCUCUGGACAGACUGCUGCUGCACCACAACCAGCUGCAGUGGGUGGACCGCCUGGCCUUUCACGACCUAAAGCGCCUCACCACUCUCUACCUGUUCAACAACUCCCUGGUGGAGCUGGCCGGCGAGUGCCUAGCCACACUGGGCGCUUUGGAGUACCUGCGCCUCAACGACAACCCGUGGGAGUGCGACUGCAAGGCCCUGUCCCUGUGGGACUGGCUCAAACGCUUCCGUGGCUCCACGUCCUCUGUGGGUUGUGUGGCACCACCCGAACUGGCCGGCAAGGACCUGAAACAGGUGAAGAAAGAGGACUUCCCCAACUGCUCAGGGUCCGAGUCCCUGCACCAGAGCAGGGCCAAGUCGUGGCCUGGGACAGACAAGGUGUCACUGAAGCAAGAGCCCCAACCCGCUCAGCCUCCACCGGCUCAGCCGCACCACCCCCACAUCGCUGAGCAGUUCUCACCUGUGCCCCUGCCCCAACCACCCCCUGCCAUUAAUGGGGCGCAGGAACCAGAGGCCACACCGGAUGUCGUGACCCCGCAGAGGCCCGGCCGCUCACGGAACUGCACGCGUCAGCGGACCCGGAGCGGCAAAGCGAAAGAGCCCAAUGAGGUGCACACGUCCAAGGAAAUGGCCGACAAGGAAUACUCUUCGCCCGAUUUCACUGGGAAAUAUGACCCUACAUCCCCCGACAGCUCAGUCACGCGGAGAAAGCACAAAUGCACGCCCCGGACCUCUGUGCGUCCUCCCAGUGGGGUCCAGCAAGCCUCCAACAGGGGGAACCUGAGGAGGGCCCUCCUCCCGGUCUCCAUUAUGGUGGGACUUCUUGUGCUGCUAAGCACUGGAUUGGUUCUACGCUGAAGCCUGUGCUGAUACAUUACAACCACAUGUAAACAAUGCAGUCCUCAGAUCCACUCUAGCUCCAGACUCUCAAGGCCUCUUUACGUGUGUCCUUGUGUGUGUGUGUGUGUGUGUUUGUUUGUAUGUGUGUGUAUGUAUGUGUGUGUGUGUGUGU